GACUAAUUUACUUUCAUCUAUAUCAAGAAAACAUUACUCAAUUAUUGGAAUAUAGCCGUCUUUACAAUAACUAUCGGCGCGCGAAUAUAUCGAUCGUUAAAAAUUGACGGAGAAUGUCGCAAGAAAUAAUUCGAGAUUUCAAAGGUUCGUCUCAUAGUUACAUCGCAGUUCUCGUAAAAUGUAUACGACAGAAGAACGCUAUUACAAAAUCAGUCGAGUACUUCUUAAGACUCUUGGUUUAUGGCCUUAUCAGCAAUCAUAUUUCUCGCGAAUACAUAAACUACUGUUUGCCAGCCUUCUUUUAACAUUUAUUUUUGUCCAGUUGUUGGUAUUCGUUACAACGCAGUACAAUACGAAUCUUCUCCUCAAGAUUCUUUCAACUAUCUUCCCUAUUCUUUUCGUCACUAUAAAGUAUUGUUUUCUUAUCAUUCAACCGGAUAGUGUAAAGAAAAUGUUAGAACAAAUGCGAGAUGAUUGGAGAUUAUUGAAAAAUAAGUUGGAAGUUGACAUUAUAGAAAAAUACGCUUAUAACAUACAGUUUUCUUCAAUAAUUUCAAUAGUGAUUGGUUUACUUUGUAUGUUUUUGCUCACAAUACUUCAAUGUUUGCCAUUAAUUCUUGAUAUUAUAUUACCAUUGAACGAAUCACGGCCCUGUCAACUAUUUGUGAUCACAGAAUAUUUUAUUAAUCAAGAAAAAUAUAUUUAUAUUCCAUUGUUACACGAGGUAUUAGCAUGUAGCAUAGGAUUAAUCACGUUGUAUAUAUUUAUUUAAAUAAAUUAAUAUAGUUAUCGAAUAGAGAAUGCUAUCGAGAAAAGUGCGUUAGUGAUUCCCAUUUUUGGAAGACAGAAUCUGUUUUGUCAGAGGAUUAUAUAUGCGAUUCUUAUUCAUCGAAGGGCAAUCGAGUAUAUCAAUCUUCUUAUAUCUAAUUUUGCGACAUUAUUCGCCAUUCUGAUUAUUGUUGGUGUCAGCUCUUUAAGUUUAUGUCUUUUUCAAUUUCUUCAAUUGAUAACAUUAACGAAUAAUAUCACAGAGAUAUUGAUAUUUGCUUUCUUGAUUUGUAUUCAUUUGGCUUAUAUGUUCUUCGCUAAUUAUGCGGGACAAAUAUUAACAGAUCAUGGAAUAAAGUUGUUCCAAGCAAUUUAUAAUGGAAUGUGGUAUGCAGCACCAUUGUACACGCAGAAAAUGUUAUUAUUUAUGAUGCAAAAAGGAACGGUAAAUAUCAGGUUAGGAUAUGAUUGCAUAUUUGCUGCUUCCUUGGAAGGUUUUACUAUGCUUGUAAAUGCGGCAGUAUCCUACUUUCUAAUGAUUUAUUCUACGCGACAAUAGCAAACUAGAAAGAAUAAUUUAUUAUUUGUCGGAUACUUUAAAUUAACAUAAUAGUGCGCAAAAAAUUAAUAUACAGAUAUAUAUGCAUUACUAAUUUCUGGAAUUGUAUGUACUAUACAUAUAAAUAU